UUAAAGGAGGAGCAUUGGAUUACAAGAGAAGCUAAAGGCGGAGUGGGUCAGUGUGGGGUUUAAGAAGCGAACGGCCAAAUCCCCAAAAUACGAGGGAAUGUACUCUCUCACUCCCCCAAACUCUUUCCCUUUGUGGUCGAUUGGUUUUCUCCGCCUCUUACUUCAUUAGGGCUUCCAAUCCCCAAUUCCUAAGUUGUUUAUGUUACAGUAGGAUGGUUUGACGCUACUCAUUAGAUGCGUGACUGUGUGGAUCCUGUUGCUGAUUUUCUAGAGUUUACUCGUGCCUUCUUCUGCAAACUGGUUAUUGACUUGGUGUUGAGACAUUGCUCCCGUCUGGUUGGUUCUGUAUUCUCUCCAAUGGAUGCAAUAUCAAUCUCUUCAGAUGAUUCGGAUUUGCGUGAAAUAGACAACUACCAAGAAGAUGAGUCACCUCUCAGGGAUUCCGCUUCUUCUCGAGUCCUUCCAUCAUGGGCAACAGAUAGCCGUCCAUUCCAAAAGGUUCCAUCGCCAACAAGACCAAGUUUUCUUAAUGGAGGCUCCUCCAACUAUCAUAGUAAUCGAUCCUUGCAGCCUCCAACUAUUAUUGAUGACAGUGGACCAUCAAGUUCGCGAGCAGUUAAAGACGUGAUGUACUUUUCUGGAAAUGGUAAUAAUGAUAAUUGGAAGAAUUUCCCGCAACAAACUCUAAAGCGGACGCUUCCAACAUCCCUUCAGCCUUCGGAUGUACCAGGCAGUAGCCAGACUCGUCAAUCUGCAUGGGCAAGUUCAAGCAGUGGUGGUGAUAACUACAGGAAAGGCAACCAUAAUGAGUUAGUUCUCUAUGAAAACAAAGGAAGCAGAGUAUUACCUCCGUCUUUGAUGCACAGAAAGGCCACUUCUGGUGUUCAAUAUACUAGUGUAAACGAUACCUUUGGGACAGCUGAAGAGAGAGUUGCAGCAGCUGAUGAGAGACUCAUCUUUCAAGCUGCUCUACAGGAUUUGAACCAACCUAAGGUAGAAGCUCGUCUGCCAGAAGGUCUUUUAUCAGUUUCUCUCCUCAGACACCAGAGAAUUGCUUUGGCGUGGAUGCUUCAAAAAGAAACUGGUAGUGUACAUUGUUCGGGUGGUAUUCUGGCUGAUGAUCAGGGUCUUGGUAAGACUAUUUCAAUGAUUGCCCUCAUUCAGAUGCAGAGGUCAGCUCAGGAUAAGUCUAAAGCAAAAGAUGUGGAUGCUAUUAAAGCCGAAGCGUUGAAUUUGGAUGAUGAUGAUGAAAGUGUCGCUCCUGCUUCUCAGGAAACAAACCAGUGUGGAGAAAUAGAUGGUGUUGAGGUGAUUCCAGAUGCAAGAACGUCUAUAAAGGAGUUUCGCCGUAGGAGGCCAGCAGCUGGUACAUUGGUAGUGUGUCCAGCAAGUAUUGUUCGACAAUGGGCUCGGGAAUUGGAUGAGAAAGUAACCGUUGACGCACGUCUAUCUAUUCUAGUCUAUCAUGGAGGUAGUAGGACUAAGAAUCCGGCGGAACUGGCACAAUAUGAUGUGGUCCUGACUACGUAUGCCAUUGUAACAAAUGAAGUUCCUAAACAAGCUUUAGCUGAAGAGGAUGACGAUGACCAAAAAAAUGGAGAGAGAUACGGAAUAUCUUCGGACUUCUCUUCAAGUAAGAAGCGGAAAAAACCAUCCUCGAGUAAGAAGGGGAAAAAAGGCAGAAAGGGAUUUGAUUUAGAUGACUUUGAUCCUAAUUGUGGUACUCUUUCCAAAGUCAGUUGGUUUAGGGUGAUUUUAGAUGAAGCCCAGACUAUAAAGAAUCAUAGAACACAAGUUGCUAGAGCAUGCUGCAGCCUUAGAGCAAAACGAAGGUGGUGCUUAUCUGGAACACCGAUACAAAAUGCCAUUGAUGAACUAUUCAGCUACUUCAGAUUUCUGAGAUAUGAUCCCUAUGCUGAAUAUAAAUCAUUUUGCAGCCAAAUUAAGUUUCCGAUUGCUAUAAACUCAAUUAAUGGGUAUAAGAAGCUUCAAGCAAUUUUGAGGGCCAUAAUGUUGCGGCGGACAAAAGGUACCGUGAUUGAUGGUGAGCCAAUUAUAACCUUACCACCAAAAACUAUACAGUUGAAGAAGGUGGCUUUCUCUGCCGAGGAACGAGCUUUCUAUAACAAAUUAGAAGCGGAAUCGCGAUCACAAUUUAAGGCAUAUGCUGCAGCUGGAACUGUGAGGCAAAACUAUGCAAAUAUCUUAUUGAUGCUUCUGCGACUUCGGCAGGCUUGUGACCACCCAAAACUUGUCAAAAGGGAGAGUUACAAUUCUGUUGGAAGAGCUUCAUCAGAGAUGGCAAAGAAGCUCCCAAAGGAAAUGGUGGAGAAUCUCUUGAAACAAUUGGAAACUUCUUUAGCAACGUGUUCCGUAUGUGAUGAUGUGCCUGAAGAUGCAGUUGUAACCAUGUGUGGACACGUAUUCUGCAAUCAAUGUGUAUCAGAUUAUUUAACUGGGGAAGAUAAUACAUGUCCUACACCUGGAUGCAGAGAACAACUUGGUCCUGAGGCUGUAUAUUCUAAAGCUACCCUUAAAAAAUGUGUAUCAGAUGAUGUCAAUGGUGAUCCUUCUGCCUUGUCUGAGUUUGAUGAGAAAUCCAUCACGGAAAAUGCGUACAAUUCUUCUAAAAUAAGAACUGCUAUUGAAAUUCUUGAGUCAUGUUGUAAGUCAAAGGAUCCCUAUUUAGAACAAGAUAUCUUGGUGCAAUGCAAUGGUGAUUCAUCAAAUUUUGGAAGAGGAGAUUCAGAAUCGCAAGCCAAGGGGCCGGUAAAGGCCAUUGUCUUCUCUCAGUGGACAGGCAUGUUAAACUUGGUUGAGCGUGCUUUAAACCAGUCUGGUUUUCACUAUGAGAGGCUUGAUGGUACAAUGUCUCUUGCUGCUAGAGACAGAGCUGUCAAAGAGUUCAACACAAAUCCUGAGGUCACUGUCAUGUUAAUGUCACUAAAAGCUGGAAAUCUUGGUCUAAAUAUGGUGGCAGCUUCUCAUGUAAUUCUUCUGGACCUUUGGUGGAAUCCAACCACCGAAGAUCAGGCUAUUGAUCGAGCUCACAGAAUAGGUCAAACUCGUGCAGUCACCGUGUCUCGUUUAACUGUCAAAGACACAGUUGAAGAUCGAAUUCUAGCUCUGCAGGAGGACAAGAGGAAUAUGGUUGCAUCUGCUUUUGGUGAAGAUAAAAGUGGAGGCACAGCUAGUCGACUAACUGUAGAAGAUCUUAGAUAUCUGUUUAAUCUCUAAUACAGGGAGGGCUCUUUUAUCUGCACUUGGUCUGUUGUGGCCAGUUAGCAGAAUGUUCAUAUGUAGGAGGAAUAGAUCAACACCUGGGAGAUAUUUUGGAUGCAACUGAAGUCAUUAGAAUUGCUAUGGCUCAUCAUAGUGAGACCGAUGGGUAACAUAUUUAUUUCUACUGCUAAUCCUUACCAAUUUUGUUGCCUUAUAAAGGCAGGCAUUUUCCUUCCUAUCGUCAUAGAGAUCCUUGCUUGUUUUGCCUGUAUAUAUGUACACACUCUUAUCAUGUAUGUGAAUCAUCUUAUUUUUCAUCACGAAA